AUGAGGACGCUUCUUCAUUUGAGUCUGCUGGCUCUCGGAGCCGCCUGUACUUGUGCCCUUGCCAUAGAAAACCCUGUGCCCACGCUGGUGACCGAGACCUUGAAACUACUCUCCACGCAUGGAACUCUGCUGAUUGGCAAUGGGACCUUGAGGAUUCUUACCCCUGCGCAUAAAGAACACCGACUCUGCGUUGAAGAAGUCUUCCAGGGGAUAGACACCCUGAAGAAUCAAACUAUACAAGACAGUGCAGUGGAAAAGCUAUUUAAAAACCUGUCUUUACUCAGGGAACACAUGGACCUCCAAAAGAAAAAGUGCAAAGGAGAAAGACGGAAAGUGAAGCAAUUCCUAGACUACCUGCAAGAGUUUCUUAAAGUAAUAAACAUUAACCAUGCACCAGAGAGUUGA